AUGAAGAUUAAGCAGGAAUCGACUACAUGUAGUUCAAGUGGAAAAGACCUGGAAGAUUUACUAUUGAAAACUCAAGACGGUCUAGUACUACUACGCGAGUUACCCAAUCGACGAGACCAACAAUGGAAAGAGGUAGGCGAACAGUAUGGAUAUCAACGUCAGGACAACAAGGUCGAUGCUUUUGAGAGCGUAUCACAGUCGACAAAGCAUCCAACAUGGCUACAGACUCUCGUUUCGAAGCUGUCACUACUGAACGUGCAAGUGGCAACUACUGCUCAUUGCGCAGUGAAAAGAUCGGAGUCGAUACUCUCUCCAAGUCUCUUGAGGCUGCGUGCCCUUGCGCUAGAGAGCUAUCAUCGACUCGAGCAUGGACAGGACAGAUUUUCUGCUAACGCUAUUGACUUUGUACACGUCCAGGAUGUGAACUUGCUGCUCCAAUUCAACUACUUGAAACAUCAACAGUCCGUUGCUAUGGAGAGAUUCUUCAUCCGUCUCAAGUGGCUGCCUGUAAGUCAUCGCUUCCAUCUUCGACAACGUAUGCUGGCGCUUACCCACCAGCAGAAAAUGAAAAAUACUCCUCGACCUAACGUAUCGACGGCGUAUAGGAACAGCGAAGAUCACUUGCACUGUCCACUAUUCGUGAUGUUUACAUCCCACUUUGUUGCAGAGUUGAAAGCCUUGGCGCAACAUUUUCCACCAGACGAUGUUAUUAACACUGACAGGAGAUUGGAAAUGAACUUGGAAACGUUAGUGCAUACGUACACGGGGAGCUCUCGAUGGGACCUUAUCCAGCGUGGAUAUCUCGGUAAUUGCGAGCCGAUUCCGGGGCCGAUUGAGCACACGUUGACAGCUCUUCGCAAUGCACACAAACUCGAUUCUCUCUUGACGAACGAGUGGGAAUUACUUACUCUGGACGACUCUGACUAUCUUCGUGUCAGGCUGGAAGCGCUGUCCAAAGCGCAUAGGACUCGAGCCAAAGUCGACGUGGCUACAGCUACAGGAUGUAUUUCGUGGAAUCCCGACGCGCUGUAUUCUCUCUACGCUCUGCGAGUCUCCUCGUGCCGAGCAAAGCGACUGAGUUUGUUGCGCUUGCUAAAUUAUCUCCACUUUAUUCAGUUCUCUCAUACAAAAAAUGACACUGACGACGAAGAAAAUGACAAUAGUGGAGAUGGAGAGUUUAUCUUCGCAGCUGCAAGACGUGACUUGGAGAUGCUUGAGCUCCAAAUGUUACGAAUAGCUAGCAUAUUUAUCUUCAAGCAGGAAUAUGACAGUCUCCCCACAUCUCCAUGGAAGCGCAAUAAUGACAAAAACUACAGCGAACGCAUUGUGACUCCCAUCGAUCGACUGCAAGUGCUUCGCGAUGUCUACGACUGCGAGGUCGCGUUCCUACAGACCAAAGUGCAGCUUGUGGAGAUUCUCCUUGAGAACGGUCUUCAAUCUGCCCCAAGAACUCAAGACUUUGCAGAGUUGAAUUUCGUACAUGAAGCCAAUGCUGACUCUUUUGGUGAUAUUCUACUGCCAAUUUUGCAGCGACGACCUUAUCUUGAUUUUUCACACGCGUAUUUUUUCGAGAGCUACGCGACCGAGACGAUCCUUCUGGAGCUCCAAACUUCUCUGAUUCAGCAGAUGGAGCAGCAUUUUAAACGACUGGAGUGGUGUAAUCUUCACGACGUUUCUGCUGAAGACAAUUGUGAAAUUGACAAUAGCCAGCGUCAAUGGAUUUGUCAACAAAUUUUGGGAAGGCGCGCGCUGGUUAAGCUGUAUAUACAGUAUAACGAAGUGGUACGCGACGCCGACGAUAAAUGGUUCUCUGCCACUUCUGUUGGGGAGUUCCAGGCGCUUCAACACGCUCUUUUGGAGAGCACGUUGGUGAUGUGGUCCCUAAUUAUCAAGCUGGAGCUACCCGGCAGACCUGUACGUUGUCUCGAACGAACGGCUGGAGAUUUAUUAGUCGGUUGCGGCUGGCAGCUUAUCCUGUAUCCUCAACUAUUGUCGGAUGUUUGUCGUACACUUCAUGAGCAACCAAAUGGAUCCUCGACGCUUGUCGAGAGUCUCACAAAGGCGAUUGAACUGGAAAAUUGGCGUCAAACACUUGCGAAGAAUGUGUACGAAGCGAAUUUACUUGAGCGUAUCCACAAUUUUCAGUUUGACUUUGUUAAACACGUUUCUACUUGGGAUUCACUUAUCGGAGACCAAGCGAGACAUUUUGCAUUCUUCUUUGACGUUGGAGAGUGCGAUCGAGCUGGAUUUCUUAAGCCACUUGCGAUAGAAUUGGAGAAGCUAAAGCUACCAGCAACAAAUGUUCCUUCUCCUCAUCGAAGUGACGAUAGUAAAUCCAUAUCCGAACGCUCCUUGCUUCAGCUCCAGCGUCGGUAUGUGGCCUAUCUUCGGGUGAGUGUCAAGUACCACGAUGCUGUUGGGGCCGACGUAUUCGAGUUCGCAGCCUCGUAUCCUUACGUUUGUUUAGCUAACUCCUUCACACCCACAACUUCGGACGAGAGCUCAACGAUAUCAAUGGAUCUCAACACGGUGCGCACGAAAUACGCGAAAGAAAUCGCGGAUAAAAUGACGGAAGAGUUGAGAACGAGCUGCUUCCCGUACUGGAAGCGACUCGAGAGUCUCAAGCAACAGCUUCUAGAACAAAAAGCUCAUGCAACAACUGAGUGCCGCCACGCGUGCUAG